GUGCCAGAAUGUGUACUACUGCGGCGUGGUGUGUCAGCGUGCCAACUGGCCACAGCACAAGAAGUUCUGCAAGAAGCUGAAGCUGGUGGCCCUGGAUCGGGCCCUGGAUCGGCUGGUGGAGUGGCUUGUCUUCACAGGAGACAUCCCCUUCCCCACGGAGACUUGGCCAAAGCCCGCCCAGGACGUGAAGGGCUGGGAGGAGUGGUUCUCCAUGCAGGAGGGGCUGGAGGAGAAGCUGGAUGCUGUCCUGGCUGGGCGGUACAUGACUCUCCUCUGGGCCAACGCGGGGAAGCCCCGGCCGGAGGACAGGGAACUGCGUGAAUCUGUCCGGCGGCUGGUCACCGACUUCCACUCACGCCCGCUCACCAUCGGCUUGGGGCUGCAGCUUUUCGGCAUUGACCCCCUCGCCAAAGCCCUCACUGUGCACGUGGUGGGGGCAUCCCACGUCGAGACCCUCAACACCCGGCUGACGGACUACGAUGAGCUGACGCGGAUGUUCCCGGAGCACUGGGGCAUGGAGGUGGUGAUGGUGGGGGUGGACGUGGUCAACGGAGCCAUCAUGAGGCCACCCCUGGCCGUGCCAGCACCCCGGGGAAGGGUCUAUCUCAGCAGCUACAAGGGGCUAUACCACGACUUCUGGGAAAGCCACGUGGAGACCAAGCUGGCUGCUCGCCCUGACCUGGUGGUUGGCUUUCACCCGGGUGAGUGCCUGUGCCACGGAGGGGCCUGGACCCUCGCCACCCCGCUGCCCACCCUGCUGCUGCUGCGGGACUACCGCCUGCCCGUCCUCUUCAGUGUCUACAGCGAGCAGGAGCUGAAGUCCUCCCUGCAGAUCCUGGUGGAACUCGAGACGCACAUCAUGGGCUAUGCCGCUAAUCCCUUCGCCUCACUCCGGCCCGAGCAGGUCUACUCCAGCCCCAACAAGGCGCCCGUCUACUGCAGCUCCUACUACAUUGCCCUCCUG